UAAGUGGUAGUAAAUUGUCUACUUUUGAGGUGAAUCUUAGAAAAGUCACAAUAUGUUUGAAUUAUCUGUGAGAAUGGCAUGUAUUGUUUAAAGACAUUUUCUUUCAAAGCUUUACUAUGUGCGCUAACGUAGUCCAUGUUUUUCUUGUUGAAUUUGAAGUGACAGUUCCAUUGUAAAGAGAAUUUCUUACUGUUGAAAAGAAGAACAAGACAUCUGUGGUCAUGCACUAAGAAUUUAAACAAAACAAGUCUAAAAUAGUUGAUAGUGCAAUAAAUAUGCCUAGAUCACGGAGAAAUUGUUGCAUCGUGAACUGUCAUAACACUGAAGAGAAUUGUGCGGGAACGGGAAUAAAGUUCUACUCUUUUCCUUCACGUCCGUAUCAGCAGGAAAGGAGGCGGCGCUGGAUUGAUGCAAUACAAAGGAUGAAUUCAGAUGGCUCACCUUGGGUUCCGUCACAGCAUUCCCGAGUCUGCAGUGAACAUUUCGUAGGAGGGACAAUUAGUUAUUCAGAAAGGAAUCCUUCUUACAUUCCAACAGUAUUUGCUCCCAGUUCCCUGAGGGGCACACAAAAGAAGAGGAAGAAACAGAAGAGGAUUUCUGUUAAUUCGUUUUCUGACUCUGAAAGAGGCGGGAUUUGCGCUGUAAAUGAAAGUGUAGAUCUUAACACGGUAAACAAAAGCAAAGGAAAUGAUAUUGUGGAUAUGGAUGAUAUUGAUAUUGACAUUGAUGAUAUUGAGGAGAUUGAGUUUACGGAUGUUGAAGACGCUGCUUCUUACGCUCCUGAAGACGUAGUCGACGAAAGCUCAUUCGUAGGCUACGAAAGAAGACGUAGUCAACGAAACACUUCGUACGUAGAAAAUGCAAUACGAAGUGAAUCGACGAUACUAUCAAAAUCUGUUCAAGUAGAUUUGAAUAUUAACAGUUCGUUUUUUGAAUUCACUUGUUGUUUUGAUAAUGGCAACGUAGGUACACAGUGUUCAGUAGUAAAUCAAAACAAUCUAAUUGGUGACAGUGAGUAUGAUAAAGCAAUUAUUGAGAAUCGUGCGAAUUAUCAUUUGGAAGAAAUAAUUUCCAUAAACAGGAAGGUUGGUGUUAAAUAGUAUUUUACCUCAGCACUUGAUUGUAUUAGGGGUAUGGAACAGGUGUGUAUCGUAAUCUGUGAUUUUCAUUGUGAAUAAACACAGUGAACGUGAUACUAGGCAUUGCGAAAGAAAAACAUUAUGUUUUUGUAAAUUAUAAAUUUAAAUGGCUUAAAUUUUAUUUUGGAAGCACAGGUAGUCAGAUAGAAUUAAUAACGGACUUCAAGGAAGAAGAUGCGGACCAAAUACACGCUUCCGUUCUCAGGGUAUUCAAAGUCAAGGUGUUGUGUGGUGAUACUGCGGGUAAUGAAACUCCUAUGAAUUAUACUCGUAAUUAUGACACAGUUCCUGGAGGCCCCUUUAUCAGUCUGUGUGAUCCCUUAAAGGGUGUUUAAGGUAUUCUCGACUCUGUGCUAUCGCUUGGAAUUUCAUUUACAUAUUUUGUUUCUGAAAUUAUAAGUUCAUGAACUACUUGUAUAAGAAUUACACAUUGUAGUAUGUCUAAGACUUUUUGAAAAUUACAUAUAUGCCUGUAUUUGCAUAUUAUUUUAAUUACGAGAAGUCAUGUUUGCAUGAUAUUUAAUGAGUGAAAAAUUGCAAGUAGUUUAUUUUUAAUGUAUUUGAGUUACAAAACUGUAAUAACUUUUGGAACAGCAUAAAACUAGAUGCCUAAACCGUGAACAGUAAUCACGUGGUCAUUAACCUUCCACGUGUUGUUGAGUUUUCCAAAUAGUUUCGUUCUGUUUUGUGAAUUCUUCCCAAUUGUAACGGUAGAGUGUAUUGCAAUCACAAAAUUCCCAGAAAUGCAUGAAGUAUGCGUGACUGGAAAUGAUAUGUUGUAUAUAUGUAAAUAUGAAUUAAUGUUUUCAGUAUGUAUAUUAAAAUGAAGUUGCGAGUAUGUGUUGCGGGCCUUGCGUUGUUUUUUUAUGUUUAAGUGUUUUAAAGAAAUUAUGUUCUUUCGUAUAUUGUUCUUAGAGAUCAACCCCAGAUGUUAAAUCCUAAGUACUAAAUCAAAUGUAUCUAUCUACACUGUCCGACGACUUAAUCUUAUCGAUCAUGAGCCACGACAUGUCUACACACGCUCACUGCCUAUUUCUUGAAGUUGUAUCUUGGGAAUGUGAGAGUUCAGAACGUCUGUUGCCACAGUUGGGAAAAUUUCCAUUUUCGUGAUGACGUAUGACUAUUAUCGCAUUAUUCCACUGCAGCAUCGUUUUCCGACGUUAUUAUUGUAACAUUAGUUAUAUCAAGGAAAUGAAUUUAGAAUGUUUUGUUUAUUUUACAUUUUUGCUACAAGA